GCCUCCCCGCCCUGGCAGCGGCCGGCUGCAACUCCGCUGGCGGCGCCCGCCGGUGCCGUGCCGGCCUGGCGGGGCCCAGCGUCGGCGGAGCCGCCGCGGCGGAGGGCGCCCUGGCGUACCGCGAGCGCCGCUGCGGCGGCCUCCCUCGCCGCGGGUGGGGCGGCGCAGGUGGCCCGGCACCGCCAGCGUCCAGCGGCGGCGAGGGACGUGUUGCCGCAGCGGCUGCACAGAUGCGCGGCGCACGCCGAGGGCGCUGUCGUGACGGACCCGCAGGCCCCCUUGUCCAGCGCCAACGGCGCCCGCUCCGACGGCAUGGACGCCUCCGAGGAGUUCUCGGAGGAGCCCGAGCUGCGCCGGUGGCUCGAGGGGGUCGGCUGCACGGGCCUGGACCGCGUUGGCAUCAAGGGCGCCGCCGGGAGGAAGGGGCUCUGGCUGCGCAAGGACCCCUCGGAGGUGUGCAACCAGGGGUAUCAGGACAUCUUCACGGUGCCGCAGCUGGCCUGGCUAACGGCUCCGCUGGACAGCAACCAGGUCGAGAUGGAGCUGGCGUGGAGGCUGCUCUGCGAGCGCUGGCUGGGAGAGGCGUCCAGCCACAAGCCCUACGUCGACUUCCUCUGGAGGUCCGCCCGCGCUGGCUGCCUGUGGGAGAGCGUGGAAGGACCGGUGAACCUCAGCUGA